CAAAGCUAAAAGGGGGAAAAAGUAGACAAUUCUAGAGCCUUCUGUAUUUUCUCAGGAUUCCAAAAUCUAAAUCGUCCAUUCAACGAUCUCUCCUAUAAAUCGUACCCUACCCAGCAUUCCCCUUCCCAAAGCUACUUCAUUUAUUCUUUUCUUCUCUUCUCAUGCCCUGUCUAGAGCUCUCAGGUUGCCCUUUGUUACAUUAUCUUCACAAACAAAGAAAAGCAGUUUUGUAGAUUAAAAAUUAAGAAAAAAAAUCAAAGAUGUUUGGAAGAGCACCGAAGAAGAGUGAUAACACCAGGUACUAUGAGAUUCUGGGUGUUUCCAAGAACGCUUCCCAGGAUGAUUUGAAGAAAGCUUAUAAAAAAGCCGCCAUUAAAAACCAUCCUGACAAAGGCGGUGAUCCUGAAAAGUUUAAAGAGUUGGCUCAAGCCUAUGAGGUACUGAGUGAUCCUGAGAAACGUGAGAUAUAUGAUCAGUAUGGUGAGGAUGCGCUCAAGGAAGGAAUGGGUGGUGGUGCUGGGGCUCACGACCCUUUUGACAUCUUCUCGUCCUUCUUUGGUGGAGGCGCUUUUGGAGGUGGUAGCAGUCGUGGAAGAAGACAGAGACGGGGAGAGGAUGUGGUUCAUCCUCUGAAGGUGUCUUUAGAGGACCUUUAUCUUGGGAUCUCAAAGAAGCUUUCUCUAUCUCGCAAUGUGAUAUGCUCAAAGUGCAAUGGCAAAGGCUCGAAAUCAGGAGCUUCAAUGCAGUGCUCUGGUUGCCAGGGUUCUGGUAUGAAGGUUUCAAUCAGGCACCUUGGUCCUUCCAUGAUUCAGCAAAUGCAACAUCCUUGCAAUGAGUGCAAGGGUACUGGUGAGACAAUCAAUGACAAGGACCGCUGCCCUCAGUGCAAGGGUGAGAAGGUUGUUCAGGAGAAGAAAGUGCUGGAAGUCAUUGUAGAGAAGGGUAUGCAGAAUGGACAAAAGAUUACAUUUCCAGGUGAAGCUGAUGAAGCGCCUGAUACCGUUACUGGGGAUAUAGUCUUUGUCCUUCAGCAGAAGGACCACCCAAAAUUCAAGAGAAAGGGUGAAGACCUGUUUGUGGAACACACAUUGUCACUGACUGAGGCUUUGUGUGGCUUUCAAUUUGUACUUACCCAUCUGGAUGGUAGACAACUUUUAAUCAAGUCAAACCCUGGGGAGGUUGUGAAGCCUGAUUCCUUCAAAGCAAUUAAUGAUGAGGGGAUGCCCUUGUACCAGAGGCCAUUCAUGAAGGGCAAAUUGUACAUUCACUUCACCGUUGAAUUCCCUGAUUCUCUGAGCCCUGAUCAGGUGAAGGCACUUGAGGCUAUUCUGCCACCAAAACCAACCUCUCAAUUGACUGAUAUGGAGCUAGAUGAGUGUGAGGAGACCACGCUACAUGAUGUGAACAUUGAGGAAGAGAUGAGGAGGAAGCAGCAGGCAGCACAGGAAGCUUAUGAUGAAGACGAGGAGACGCAUGGUGGUGCCCAGAGGGUGCAAUGUGCCCAGCAGUGACGUCGAAGAAAACAAAAUUUAAGCUGAUUUGAGUAGUAUUCAUGUACUUAGAACUAUGGAAGCUAAUCUCCAUAGUAGUUAUGUAGAACUGUGAGUGUAUGGUUGUUGCAAGACGAUGUCUUGCAUUGGUGGUGGAAGCUAAUCUACAUGGUACUUAUUUAGAAUUGGGAGUGUAUGGUUGUUGUAAGACAUGUCUCUCAUUGCUGGUGGGUGAGUGGUGGUGUUCUUGUUUUCCAGAUGUUAACAGAAGAUAUGGAAAUCUCUUCAUUGCCAUUGCCAUUA